AUGGCAACCAGAUUUGCUGUCCGCCGCCUUGCCGGCCCCGCUCCUCAAACCUUCCGCACCUUCUCCACUACCCGCCCUGCAUUCAUCAAAGUGGGUGAUAAAAUCCCCAACCUCGAUACUUUAGUUGAGAAUUCUCCCGCCAACAAGGUGAACUUGAGUGAGCUUACUACUGGUAAAGCUUUGAUUAUUGGGGUUCCUGCUGCUUUUAGUCCCUCAUGUUCCAACUCCCACAUCCCAGGCUACAUCAAUCAUCCCAAGCUCAAGGAAGCAGGCGAUGUAUUUGUAGUUGCUGUCAAUGAUCCAUUCGUCACCAAAGCAUGGGGUUUAACUCUUGAUCCUACUGGAAAAUCUGGUAUCCGUUUCCUCGGCGACCCCACCGCCUCCUUCACCUCCGCCCUCGACCUAACCUUCGACGGCGCCGCCAUAUUCGGCGGUCCCCGCAGUAAACGCUACGCACUGCAAAUUGAAGAUGGAAAGGUCAAGGCUCUCCAUGUUGAACCUGAUAAUACUGGUUUGGAUGGUGCGUUCUUGUUUUACCUCUUCUCCCCUUCCCUCUUCCUCCUCUCCUCUCUUCACCCCACCCCUCUUAUCCCCUAA